CGUAGCCGCCGCCGCCGCCGCCGGGCUUUCUCCGACUGCCGCCGACACUGUUGCUGCUUCGCGGACUGGAGGGCCCAGGCAUCUCCGGGCGAGCGGAGGCUGCGGGUGGGAGCCUUCGUGGGCACUGCGGAGCGGGCCGGGGGAGGCCGGGAUGGAGCCCCCCGGAGUUGACUGAAGCGGGUGAGCCGAGUUCCAGAGCCUCCAGGCGGGAUUUCGGGGCCUCCCGGCGGUGCAGCGGAUGGUCUGAGAGCCGCGCAGACAUGGCUCACCUCAGGGGAUUUGCCAACCAGCACUCUCGCGUGGACCCCGAGGAGCUCUUCACCAAGCUUGACCGCAUCGGCAAGGGCUCGUUUGGGGAGGUGUACAAGGGCAUCGACAACCGCACCAAGGAGGUGGUUGCCAUCAAGAUCAUCGACCUGGAGGAGGCUGAGGACGAGAUCGAGGACAUCCAGCAGGAGAUCACGGUGCUCAGCCAGUGCGACAGCCCCUACAUCACGCGCUACUUCGGCUCCUACCUGAAGAGCACGAAGCUGUGGAUCAUCAUGGAGUACCUGGGCGGCGGCUCCGCCUUGGACCUGCUUAAGCCGGGUCCCCUGGAGGAGACCUACAUCGCCACCAUCCUGCGAGAGAUCCUGAAGGGCCUGGAGUACCUGCACUCGGAGCGCAAGAUACACCGAGACAUCAAAGCUGCCAACGUGCUGCUCUCAGAGCAGGGUGACGUGAAGCUGGCAGACUUCGGGGUGGCGGGGCAGCUCACGGACACGCAGAUCAAGAGGAACACGUUUGUGGGCACCCCCUUCUGGAUGGCGCCCGAGGUCAUCAAGCAGUCGGCUUAUGACUUCAAGGCCGACAUCUGGUCGCUGGGGAUCACGGCCAUCGAGCUGGCCAAGGGCGAGCCCCCCAACUCCGACCUCCACCCCAUGCGCGUCUUGUUCCUGAUCCCCAAGAACAGCCCACCCACGCUGGAGGGCCGCCACAGCAAGCCCUUCAGGGAGUUCGUGGAGGCGUGCCUCAACAAGGACCCCCGAUUCCGGCCCGCCGCCAAGGAGCUCCUGAAGCACAAGUUCAUCACGCGCUACACCAAGAAGACCUCCUUCCUCACUGAGCUCAUCGACCGCUACAAGCGCUGGAAGUCAGAGGGCCACGGCGAGGAGUCAAGCUCCGAGGACUCCGACAUCGACGGAGACCCUGAGGACGGAGAGCAGGGCCCUGUCUGGACGUUCCCCCCCACCAUCCGGCCGAGCCCGCACGGCAAGCUGCACAAGGGGACGGCCCUGCAUGGCCCCCAGAAGUCAGCGGAGCCUGUCAAGAGGCAGCCGAGGUCCCAGUGCCUGUCCACGCUGGUCCGACCCGUUUUUGGAGAGCUCAAAGAGAAGCACAAGCAGAGCGGCGGGGGCCUGGGGGCACUGGAGGAGCUGGAGAACGCCUUCAGCCUGGCUGAGGAGUCCUGCCCCGGCAUCUCGGACAAGCUGAUGGCUCAGUUGGUGGAGCGCGUGCAGAGGUUUUCACACAGCAGAAACCACCUGACGUCAGCCCGCUGAAGCCGCUGCGGUUCGCACACAGGGGGGAGAGGGGUCUUCGUCUUGAGCUGCCUUGUCGAGGACCGCGCUGACUGGAAACCCCGUGUGCUGUCGGGGCCGCCGGCCUCCCUGCCGGGCCACGCCCCCAGCCCCGAGCAGAGGGCCGCCCCGUUGCCACGCCCCCCUCGUGGCCAGGCCACGGCCACACUCGGCAGCAGAGCGGUGCCUGGCCGUCCCCUCUGUGGGCUCCCGGGCAGUGCGGCCACCCAGGCUGAGGGGCAGAUAUGCCUCCUCCCCACCCGGCCCGAUGGCCCUCGGAGGUUGUAGAUUUGCCUUGUGGUGUUGGAUCAGGUACCGUGUCUUCUCAUAAGUACUUGUCAGCCAGAAUGUUGUUUUUUAAGAAAAAUCGAACUUCCUUGCUUCCCUAAAUAGCCUGAGGGUAAGGAGUUGGUUUUCAUAGAAUGUUGAGAGGUUCCUGCCACUUUCAAUAAAGAAAGACCUGACUUGGAGACAUGCUGGUGGUGGCCGGGUGGGGUCCACAGCCUGCGCUCCAGGCCUCCGAGCUCGUCACAGCACGCAGGGACCACGUGUGCCCACUGGAAGGAGAGGGGCAGCACGCAGGCAUACAGGAGAUGCCCUUUAUUACGCAGGUUAGCACAGCACACCUCCUGGGGGCUGAUAAAUUACGGGGACUUUGCUUUCCACCCUGCAGAGGUGUGUGGGGUGGGCAGCAGAGUGGUUUCUGCUGGACUUCCAUGCGGCUGUGACCCAGGGGCCCUGUCCCACCCAGCCUGAAGGGCAGGGUCCUGCUCUGGAGGCAGAGAGAGGGCAGGUGGGCACCAGCCUCGGCAGUGCAUGGAGCCGGGCCCAUUUCCACGCACAUGUGUGUUCGUCCCGCUGCCCCACGGGGCCAAGGGGUCUGGAGGGGGGGACACGGGACGCGCAGUCGUGGGCACAUGCUGCUCUGCUUGCUCGGCUCUGUCCUCAGCCGGGCAGGGUGGGCUUCAUGCCUCCUCCUCGGAGGUCCCGGCCCUCCCUGGUGAGGUGCUGGCGCUCUCGAUCACCUCCAUCCACCUGAGAAGAGGUUUCAGGACUGUCAGAACCGGGCCCCCCUCCCCCGCCCCCGGCAGAUUGUUUCGGAAACAGGGGGCGUGCUCUGGCCAUCAGACCAGUGGGUUUGCGCUCAACUGUCUUCCCAAGAGUGACCCCAAAUAAGGAGGACAUGGGACUCAGCAUGGGCCAGUUAAAAGCCUGGAAGCAGUGUUCAGUCCUUCCUUUCCAGGACCCAGGAAACCCGCCUCUGGUGUCCUCAGUGGAAGCGGGAGAGCCGAGGAGAUACGGGGGGCCCUGGCAGCCCCCCGCGAAAUUACCUCCCUAACGUGUAUUUGCUCUCAGCCCGGAAGAAGUAGACGUGGGACUUGAACUGGAGCUUGAAGACGUGCUCCUUGUGGAUGCCGUCGGCCUCCCCGGGGAGGCUCACGCUGUAGCCCAGCAGCGGGAGGCUGGCCAGGGGGCAGUCAUCCUGGAAGGCAGCAGGGCACGCGCUCGCCAGGCGCCCAGCCCCCCGCCUCUCCCCACACGGCAGCAGCGGCGGGGCCAGGCUCGUUCGGAACCGAGGGGGUUCCGUGAGGGCGCAGUGGGCGGGCCUGGCGGUCCUGCAGUGCCAAGGGCAGAGCCCCCCUCGGGCUCGGUGAAGCACCCCUACCUGGUGAGUUUUGUAGAAGAACAAACAGAAAUUGGUGAAGACCACCCACAGCUUCUGCCAGCCACUGCUGUUCUUGAACUUCCUCAGCAGGUAUCCCGAGAGCUGGUUCUGGAAGGAAAAGAAAAGCCUGUGGGCAUGAGUGUCCAAGAACCGCCAGCCCCUAGACAGCCACUCUUGCGGGCUCUGUCCUCCCAGGGGCCUCCUGGGAGCAGGUGUCUCCCCAGGGUCACCCCCCACAGGCUUCGCUGGCUCCGCACUGACACGAACGUAGUGCCCUUCCCCGUGCUCUGACGCUCUGCUCGUCGGCAGCUAACAAAGAAGAGUGGAACGAA